CUAAAGCAGCCGAAGUUGCGAAGCGCAUGCGAAUCGUGUUUACGUUGUUUGUGCUUACAACGAUUACUCGCUUUAAGGAGUGUAACCCGGUGUAGCUGCGUCCUUAUCUUCACCUGUAUAUUCUUGGGCUUCCAUCUGACUUUACCACAAUGGCGAGAAACGCAGAAAAGGCUAUGACGACGCUGGCUCGUUGGCGAGCCGCUCAGUUGGCCGAACAAGGCAAGGGUGUCCAGGAAAGACGGCCCUUCCUGGCGUCCAAUUGUCACAACCUGAGGAAAUGCGAGAAGUGGAGGAUGCAGGUGAUCCGCGAGAUCGCCAAGAAAGUCGCCCAGAUACAGAAUGCUGGGCUGGGUGAAUUUCGUAUUCGUGAUCUGAACGACGAGAUAAAUAAGUUGCUUCGAGAGAAGGGGCACUGGGAGGACCGGAUCAAGGAGCUCGGGGGUCCUGACUAUGCGAAAGUAGGUCCAAAGAUGCUUGAUCAAGAAGGCAGAGAGGUGCCGGGAAAUCGAGGCUACAAAUACUUUGGUGCUGCAAAAGACCUUCCAGGAGUUCGGGAACUGUUCGAACAAGAACCACCACCUCCGCCGAGAAGAACGAGGGCAGAAAUCAUGCGGGACAUAGACGCAGACUACUACGGUUACCGAGAUGACGACGAUGGUGUCCUGGUGCCGUUGGAACAGGAGCAAGAGAAAGUGGCCAUAGCCAAGGCCGUCCGCCAGUGGAAAGCGAAAAAGAAAGGAGUAAAGUCCGCGGCGGAAGGGGACCAAGCCACUGCUAGUAGUGCGAAAGAUGAAGAGGACAUCUAUGCUGUGGAGCCCGAGAGCGAUGAAGAAAUGGAUGAUGAACCUACCGCAGAGAGUGCUGAAGAGCAAGCCAGGUUUAUCGCUCACGUGCCAGUGCCUUCGCAAAAAGAGAUCGAAGAGGCUCUGGUGCGAAGAAAAAAGAUGGAGCUCCUCGAGAAGUAUGCCAGCGAUGUUCUUCAGCAAGAAGCCGAGGAAGUGAAGGAGAUGUUGGGGUUGCAGUAGCACACUGCAACAAGAACUGUACAGUUUUUAAUUUAGCAUUGUAAUAAAAGCAUGCAUUACCAU